UGUUGUUUUUUUUUUUUUAUAUUUUCUCAAAGAUUCUACUUGCAUUCUGAUAAUUAGCCAUUGAUUAAUCAAUAUCGCUUGCGAUAAUUCUUUUUAUUCAUUCGUGAUACCGGCGAGUAUCUUUGAUGUUAAGAGCUUGUACGAACAGGAAAUACACAAACGUUUCAGCGGAGUAAUAAUUAGAAAAACGAGACUAUAUAAGUGUGACCUAAUCCUCAAGUUACCAGAAUACAAAUUGCUGUGUCACGAACUGUCGGAGUGCUGCUCCUACACAGGAUACGGUCAUAGACGGGCCAGUGAAUCCUAUUCGCGCGUCAUUGACCGACUGACUGUUAUAAGCGAAUUUUUCCGCUCCACUUUAAAUAAGGAUUACGCUGAAUAACAGAUGCAGCGCUUAAAUCGAUAGAGAUUGUAAUUUCAACCUUUUCGUGAAACGCAAGAAGAAAAAUGUAUCAUAUUUUUUUUUCUGAGAAAAAAUUAAUUGGUUUAAUUUAUAAAUGUGUAUACGUAUAUCUUUUUUCAGUAUAGUUUCAUUCAAAUCUAUUGCAUCAUCUCGUUAAUUGAAUCGGUGAUUUCCUUUGAAUUCAAGUUGUUUACAUAAAUUAUCAAGCACAAUCAAUUGUAUUUAAUUAUGUAUUACGCAAUUAUGUAUAUGCUUUUUUUCCCAUCGUGUUCACGGUCAACACAUUUUAUCGACGUAGUGCUAACACGAUACUGCGCAUGUAAAAUCGAAAUUAGAGGAAAAUAAAAGAUAUGACGAAACAAGGAUAUCAUAAAACGCAAUAGAGAUAUAGAGCACACUAAUUUGAGUCAUGAAAAUGGUUCUCGAAAGUAGAAUCUGAUCUAAAAUGAUGUAAUCGCAAGUUUCUGGAGAAACUCAAUCUAACUUUAUAGAAAGCAUAAAAAAAUUAUAUAUUUAAGCGAAAGAUUAAAACACUAUAUGAUUAAUGCAUCUAUAUGUAUAUACGAUGCCUUUCAUUUCUUUUAAAAUACCGCUAUCUUGCAAAUUAGAGAUAAAAUGAAAAGAAAAUAUAAAUCGUGUAUUGCGUGUAAAAGUAUACUUAACGAGCUAUCUUUGCUCUGAGAAGUAAUAUCGGAUAAAUUUAGAAAAUCAAUAUCAAUCUCCUUGCAUUGACAGAAGUUAUCGUGUAUGAACGCAUUGAAUACGAACGUUGCUUGUAGCUUAAAGAUAGCCUUCGACAACUUAUGCAUUUGUAUCAUGACAACUGGACCUUGAUACGCGACAUUUAUAAUCUAUGUAACUGAUGUGUAUUAAGUUUAAAAAAUCACUCAUAAUUAUGUUGGCUUGUGAAACUAAAUGAAAAAUGCAUAAAAUGAAUGAAAUAACAGAUAUAAUUUAAAAAAUUACCAAUUAUAAUUAUUUUAAAAAAUUUAUUGGUUCUAUUGAUCGGUUAUAAUUGAAAAAUUCACUAUAACAAAUGUGAAAAAAGAAGUUUGUUCAAUAUUGCUUCGCAAUCUACAUGAUAUUAAUCGAUAGCUUAAUCAGUAUAUAAUUAUGUCUAACAUGACACUUUAAUGUUUAAUGGACUCGAAGCGCAAGAAAAAUUCACGGAAUAUUGUUGCUGAGAUUAAUUAAUGCUAUCAUCGGAUUACAGCACAUAAAAGCAAAUCGCGGAAAUUACGCGAAAUGAAGGCGAUUGUGCAACUCGCAUGUAAUGCGUCGUAAACUCAUGAAUGAACCAGAAUUUUCCACGUGUAUCAGCUGAUGAUUGAUGACGUAACCGAUGCCUAUAUGACUGCCACAUAUGUGACGUCACUCGCAAGGGAAGAUAUCGAACAAUGCUCGUCACAUUGUGUAUCACACAUAUUUAAAAAAUUUUUAGAAAUAACUUUUAAAAAAAUGUCAAGCCUGUAUAUCCUAAAUAUGUAUAUACAAAGAAGAUGAUAAGAGAUAAAGUAUUAACCAGCUUAAAUCGAUUUCCAACGAUAUAGAAGACAAAGUCAUUAAAAUGAUUUUGAAUGAAUGUUUUUUAAAAACGAAUCUUUCAGAUUACUAAGAAAAAUAAGAACAAACCAUAGCAAAAGAAUCGUAAUAACAGAGUGCAAAUUGAAUGCAUCAAAACGAUAAGGUAAUUACUCGCGACAGAGCAUUACCAAGCGACGUCACUAGGAUUUUCAAUGCAAAGGCGGCCCUUUCUGAUUCAUAGAAAAUAAUGAAAAAUACUGAUAAACCCACAUAAAAAGCGUAAGAAAAUCAUCGAUAACACAACGCGAUUUGAAUGUACCGGAACUAUGACGCUACCAUCGACGAUGGGUCGUCCCGAAUGACGUCACGUUAAGACUUCGAGCACGAAGACGAUCCUUCCAGAUGUCUGGGAAUGACGAUAGGGGUUCGCUAUUGGCAUACAGACACCAGAAUAGCAUCGAAGGUUUGCGGACUGACUGGAAAGUGGCUCGGAUCGAUAAACGUGCGUCUGCUCCGUCCGGCUCCCACCGACAGACACACACACGCUCACACACAAAGACACAUGUGUCCCCAAACUAGUUUUAAGGAGGCAUGCAUACACGCGGGCACGAUGCACGAUCCCGAUCAGUCGCGAUGUAACCGCAGCGUGAGACGGCCUCGCACCAGGCCAUCGGGUGACCGCCAUCAGAUGCUCGACGUAGGCUGAUCUCGCGCUGAAGAACCGAUCACCGAAGCCGGCGAUCAGCGACCUGUGACACAGAAGGGGGUCCAACGGUGGGUCUCGUCCUUGGGAAUCAUCGGGGGUCCGUCUGCGACCACGCCUGAAAAACCAGUGAUCCUCCACAGGAAGUUACCUUUCUUCGACUGGCACAUCGCUGGAUUCAUAUUUUCAUUUUCGCCGUGAUUAACCGACAGCAGUCCUUCAGAGAAUCUAAUCGACGAGAGAGAAGAGGGAGAGAUAGUUGUUUCUCCCGGCAUAAUUAUAUAAUUUACGUUAUUUGCGUCCUGAAAUACAAUUGUCGUCGUCGUUACCAUCGUUGCCGUCGUCGUCGUCGUUGUCGGCGGCGCGAGCCUUAUCAUUCUCAAAGAAGAAUGGCUAUAUAUUUACGGCAACGAGUUUCACGCAGCCCUCAGUAGAAAGAUGAUAGAGGGCCAGGUGCAUCAACAUCCGGUACGAGUGCCACCCGACAAGUCACAAUCGUCCCAGACUGCCAAUACCGGCAUCAAGUUCGAAAAUGAGCAAUGUAAGGAGCCCCUGCUUCUGGAGAAGCAAAACUCCCACAAGAUGACACCGACCGAUGGCCGCUCGCGGACCACCUCCGAGUCGAAGGAUACUAACAGCAAUGGACAGGCGGCCACGGCAAAUUCCACUAUAAGCGGUGGACACAACAUCGAGGACUGCUUCGAGGUGACCAUGUUCGACGAGGGUGCCGAUGGUGGCCGGCUGCCAGACGUCGUCGCCGAGAGUAAGAUCUACGAUGUGGCCGAUGAGAACGAACCGCUCGAGUCGUACUUGGCGAUCACCAUCCAAGUCUUCAUACCCUUCCUCAUCGCCGGCUUGGGCAUGGUGGGCGCCGGAUUAGUUCUCGACCUGGUCCAACACUGGGUAGUUUUCGAAAAAGUCAAUGAGCUCAUGAUUCUGGUACCAGCACUUUUAGGGCUGAAGGGUAAUUUAGAAAUGACCCUGGCAUCGCGUCUUUCUACUCAAGCGAAUCUCGGACACAUGGACUUGCCGAAGGAGCAAUGGCACAUGAUCAUUGGGAAUCUCGUUUUAAUACAGUGCCAAGCAAUAGUGGUAGGCUUCCUGGGUUCCGUGGUGGCGAUCGUGAUGGGUGCCUUUCGCAACGGCACGGUCUCCCUGGAUCACGCCUAUUUGCUAUGUGCUAGCAGUCUGGUCACCGCCUCCCUCGCUUCCUUUGUUCUGGGCCUUAUUACCGCGGGCGUAAUCGUCUUCUCCCGUCAUUGCAAUAUCAAUCCAGACAACGUAGCCACGCCGAUAGCCGCCAGUCUCGGCGACAUCACAUCCUUGACACUUCUCUCUUGGAUCGCUACCGUGCUCUACGAAUCUAUAGACAAACAAGACUGGGUAGCGCCCCUCGUCAUAGCCUGUUACAUCCUUGUGACACCGCUCUGGGUGUGGAUCGCCAAGAAGAACAAAUACACCAACGACGUGCUUUACUUUGGUUGGACGCCAGUUAUGGUGGCUAUGUUAAUCAGCAGUUGCGGCGGUCUCAUACUAGAAUUCAUGGUGUCGCGUUUCGAAAAUCUGACGGUGUUUCAACCGGUCAUCAACGGUGUCGGCGGGAAUCUAGUGGCCGUCCAAGCCAGCAGAAUAUCAACGGCGCUUCACAAGCAAGCCGAACUUGGCACGCUUCUGAUACCACCGGGACACACGCAUCCCGUCAUCUUUAUCACUCCUAUUGCUAAUUUCUUCGGGAAAGGUACGCACGCCAGGACGACGAGAGUCUUGAUGACGAUGGUGAUACCGGGCCACAUCAUCUUCAUUUACCUGAUUAAUUACAUGAAAGACGGCAAUACGUCGAUGACGCCGCUCUUCGUCUUCGUUUACCUCUGCGCGGCGAUGCUGCAGGUCGCGGCGCUCCUCUAUAUCGCCUACAUAAUGAUCCACUGGAUGUGGAAACGAAAGAUCGAUCCCGAUAACUCAGCGAUACCGUAUCUGACUUCGAUGGGUGACUUGCUCGGGAUCAGUCUGCUUGCGAUUGCCUUUCAAUUUCUGUACCUGGUCGGAGAUCAAGAUUUCGACGCGCCCUGAUCGUAGAAGUCAUAAAUUAUAUAAUGUUUUCCGGCGAACGACGGCCACAAGUUAGAGAGCUGUCGGACUGAAAGGGCAUUCCUACGAGGCUGUGGUCGUCUGAAAGUAUAUUCCACCGAACGCUAUCUUCGAUCUGCCAAUCCACCGAGUCUCACAAGGACGGAUGGUCGCAGUAUUUAUUUGGCAAAGUAUUAACAAUUCGUCACUUUUUUAUCUCGUCUUUUUGUCAAGAAAUUGAGAUUAAUCAUCAAAUAUAUUAAGACUCCCUCUUCAUAUUUUGCGAAAACUUAUAUGUAGAGUUAUUUUCGGCAAAAUCUUGCCCGAUAUCUCAGUAUUUGAUAAUUAAUAAAUUUCUAAUGCAUGCAAAAUAAAAGUAAUGGAUCGUUAAUGCUUUGUCAAGCCGAGCGGACAUACUCAGGUUUUAAUUAGGUACUAAUAUAUCAGAAGAUAACAAAGGUUGGUAUACCGGAUUAUAGCUACUAAUAUAUUAAAAGAUAACGAAAGAUCGGUAGCAUGCGGCAAAUUAAUUUGUCGAAUAUAAAAAUUACGAUUGAAUGUUUGCAAAUAAUGUUAUCUUCAAAGUUUAAGCCUAAAAUUUGAAAAUUAAUUUCUUCAAAAACGGACGAUAGAUAAAGAUAAUAAAUAGCAUUAAAUUAAUUAUUUAUUAAAUAACAACAAUAAUCUGACGAACAAAAUUUUCGACAAUAUAUGUUUGGCGAAAUAUCUCCUGAGCGUAACUCAAAGCCUAAAACUUCGUUAAUCAUAGCUUACAUAUAUUUUAAAAUUCAAGAACAAAAUUCUCGUAAACUACAAAGAAAAAAAAUUGAAGCGAAGAUUUUCGUAUUUUCUGAAAAUGGAACGGAAUAGAGUCUACAAAGAUAUACAUAUAUAUAUAUUAAAUUGCAAUCGCGAAGAUUACGCUAAACAUUUAAUAUAUAAGUCCGUAGACUCUCAUUCAUUUUUUUAAACUCAGCGAGAAUUCUGAUUCUUCCAUCAAACACACGUAAAUAAAAAAGUACGCGUAAUCAUAUUACCAAUUGCGCACGUGUCUUCGAAUAGUUGCCUUCGUAUACGACGAAAUUUAGAUAAGUAUUUAGAAGCUGCCACGCGAUCUAUUUUUGGAAGCUUUAGAAGCGUUCUCGGAUUUGCUCGAUCUAAAGUACAGGUAUACUCGUUGCAUAAACUAUCUUAACUUUUGCGAUGCAGUUAAUUAGAAUUUAGUCUUCCUUGUGCAGAUAAGCAGUCCCCAUUUUUUCUAAUUUUCGGAAUUAUUCGUUAAAAAUAAUCAAAGUCUUGUGUUUUUACAAGAAUAAUUGUCUGAAAAAAAUAAAAUACAUUAUAGAGUGAAAAAUUGAACCGAUCAUCAUAAGUUCGAGAGCCAGCAAAAUCACAUAGAAUCUCGUGUGACAGUGAUCGAUGAUGGUUUUUCGUGCUAGUAUUAUCACUUGGUCAAAAAUAUAUUUUCAAAAUAUUUUGAACAGAUUAAAUUUUGCACAUAUUAAUGUACCGUAACUUAUACGAAAAAAAAGGAACUAUACAAGUUUGCGAUACUUGAAAGAACGCGAUAAUUGAAGCUUAAUAUUUGAAAUUGAUGUAAAAACGAAUGCGCAGUUGUUAAGAAAAUAUAAUCCACAAAUUAUAUUCGAUUAAUCGUAUCAAAAUAUCAUUGUAAAUUUUACGAAAAGGAUGCGAAGAUGGUGGUGUUUAUGUGAAUGUUGGUGAAAUUGUGCACGAUAGAGUAGCAUCUCUUUAAGGAGAGAACGACGAGUAGCAUUUAGUAACAUAAGAAAUGUGCAUUUAGUUAAUGCUUAGUUGACAAUUAUCUCUGACAUCGUGCGAAUAAUUUAAUUCACAUAUUAAUUACGACACGUAGUACAACACGUCUUUUUGUGUUCAAAGAUAAAGAGGUUUUAACGCAUUCACAGCGACCCUUCGGUCGAGAUUAAAUUCAUUCAGUCUGUCAAUUUAUGUAAGUAUUAUACUGUAUAGUAUUAUGUAAAUUACAAUAUUCCACAAAGGAAGAGCUAACAGAGAAAGCGUCGUUAUAUCCCCGUGUACAUAUUACUGUGUAUAAUGUGCAUAUUUUAUAUGUACAUUACGUAUAUUAGAGGCGUCGUGUCGGAGACUAAUAUUUAGUCUAUGUGAUAGGAAAAGGGAUUUAUAUCCAAGAUGAUAUCGCCUUUCGAUACAUACAUUCAGUAUUAUCGCUUUACUAUUGCCUGAAAUUGCUAUAAAUGCGAUUCUAGCAAAGAUAUCCGGUUCCGCCGAAAGAACAUCACGCUUCUUUUGACACAUGUGUUUUGUAGCAAACUGCGUUCGAGUCGAUCCGAUUAUGAUAGCACGAUACACUCUUGUACGAGAAAAAAAAAGAUAUUACAACAUUAACGUUACACGAUUAGCAUUAAUUCAUUCAUUGUCGAAUUAUUUCAUUCAUCUCGACUCGCGGUAGUUGCUUCACGAGUUUUAUCAACGCGACAAAGAAGAUAUUGCGAGAUUAUGUAAAAUGCAAAAAUGCGCUCGCAUAUUAGCGAACAAAAAUUCUCUUAAGCCGUAUGCAUAUAUUUUGUUAUACAAACGAUUACUUUAAAUGAUGUUUAUUGAUCGUCUAUUGCUCGUGGCGUCGUAGCAAAUGUCAUUCGUUUCAUUUUAUAAGAUCGAUAUAUCCUUUUUCUUUUUUUAUGUACGUUUGUUUUAUUUCUAACGAGCACAAUAAUUGUAUUAUGGGAGGGAACGUGCUAUAUAUAAAUACGCAGACAAUAAUACGCAAUCUCUGAGAACGGAUACAUAAAGUAUUUUGUAUGUAAAGUUGAACGAGUAUACAUGAUCCCUUGUACAAAGCUGACUUUUACAAAUAAAAAUGGAAACGACAUAUAUUUUAAAUCAUUUUUUAUUCUACUUGUGAAGGAAAAUGAUAUCGUAAGCAAAAACGAUGCUGCCACUCGAUCGCCGGAUUGCAAACUCUUGUCUCGAUGUAAUGUAUUCCAAAAAACAUAGUCGUCUUUAAGCAUUGUCUGUAGUUUAAAGUAUAUAUAGCGUUUGUUUUCCGUAAACUAGAAUGACAGACAAUAAUAGCAAAGGAAAAGAGAAAUAUUUUAUAUACAAUAACGUGUUAAACUGUAUCUUAUGAACAAUAGAACUGGAUAUUUUAACGGAGAAAUCGAGCAGUGUACUUCGGAAAUAUGUUCCUGUGUCUACAUUAUGUUGAAAUACAUUAAAAGAAAACAAGAUAGGCACUUUGCAUCGUUACAAUCAAUUCCGCAAAUAUACUAAUAGCGAUAUCUAUAGUUAAUUGCGGCAUGAAUCGCACGAGUUUUAUGACGACGAGCGUGAUAUAGCGCAAUGAUAUCCCGAUAUCUAACUGGAAUUAUGCUCUUAAUUGUUAAACACAAAAUCAUCAAACAGCAUAAUAUAGUCGAGAAAUAUUUUGAUGUAGAUCUCAUCGAAAUGUAAUUUUUGUAAAAUAUGUACAAAGAAAAAAAUAAGAUGUACAAAAAGAAUGUUCUGGCUUUCUUUUAAA